UGUGCGUGUGUGCGGGCGUGUCCUCUCGCUGCUGAAACCUAUUUUAAUCCACUGCCGGCUGUGUCAGCGCCUUACGGUAGUUCUAAAACUACAGGUGCAUUUCGCCGGUAUUGAUCCACCUCUAGCUUCUAGAAUUAGGCUUAGUGUUGUGGAUAUGGACGAUGAACUGGAGACAUUGGGGUGGUACCACUUGGGCCUGUCCCGUCACACGGCCGAAGCUCUUCUGUUGUCCAAUGGCACGGAUGGCAGCUACCUCCUGAGGAACAGCAAUGAUGGUCCUGGCUGCUUCGCUCUAUCUGUCAGGGCUAAAGACUCAGUUAAACAUUUCCAUGUGACACGAACAAGCAAUGGUUACACCUUUGGAUUCAAUGAAUUUCCAUCUCUCCAAGAUUUUGUCCAACAUUUUGCCAACCAACCACUGCUGGGCAGUGACACAGGUACACUCAUUGUCCUUAAAGUCCCAUAUCCUUUGCAAGUGGAAGAGCCGUCCAUCUAUGAGUCUGUGCGGGUUCAUACUGCCAUGCAGACAGGGAGGACAGAAAAAGACCUGGUGGCAAACGCUCCAUCGCUUGGCACCAAGGAAGGCUAUUUGGUGAAGCAAGGAGCCAUCAUAAAGAAUUGGAAACAGAGAUGGUUUACAUUAAACAGAUAUGAACUUAAAUACUUCAAAGACAAAAUGUUGGACGAGCCCAUUCGCAUCCUGGACCUGACAGUCUGCUCUGCGGUCCAGUUUGACUACACGCAGGACAGAGUGAACUGCUUUUGUCUAGUGUUCCCAGAAAGGAUAUUUUAUCUGUGUGCCAAGACUGGUGUGGAGGCAGAUGAAUGGAUCAAGAUAUUACAAUGGAAACUGUCACAAAUUAGAAAAGGACGAUGACAGUGGGAAGAGAAGAAGCAGAAUAUUCCUGUACUGCAAGUUUGAAAUUGAAGAUAGCAACUUGACUU